GGGAACGACAGCUAAUUCUGUUGGCAGUUUUAGUUAUUUCCUGAGCAGCAAUAAGAAAGUAACGAUCAACUAGGGCAAAACCGGUUUCAUUCAGCUCCACCAUCUAUCUUUGUCACACUCACACACUGCAAGCACUCAAUAUUUCUUGUAGAAAUUACAUUCUCGGUAAUAAGCGAAGAAAAUCAAUCAUUUUGGUAUAGCUGUUUUUAGCAUGCCCCCGAGUAUGGCUACUGAAAAUUCCACAAAUACUUCGCGAGCUGAAGAACUCAAACUCCUGGCCAAUGAAGCCUUCAAAGCCCAUAAAUAUUCUCAGGCUAUUGAUUUGUAUACACAAGCGAUAGAGGUGGAUAACAACAAUGCGGUGUACUGGGCUAACCGUGCGUUCGCUCACACCAAAUUGGAAGAGUAUGGAAGUGCUAUACAAGACGCCACAAAAGCCAUUGAAAUCGACCCGAGGUAUUCGAAGGGUUACUAUAGACGAGGGGCAGCAUAUUUGGCAAUGGGAAAGUUUAAAGAAGCUCUUAAGGAUUUUCAACAGGUUAAGAAAAUAUGUCCAAAUGACCCUGAUGCUACAAAGAAAUUGAAGGAAUGCGAGAAAGCAGUGAUGAAGCUAAAAUUUGAAGAAGCUAUAUCUGUACCUGAAUCUGGAAGACGAUCAGUAGCUGAUUCUGUUGAUUAUCACACUAUAGGGACUAGCCCAGGCUCAUCUUUUGUUUCCCUGAAAGUCACUGCUGUAGCAGCGGCAGUAGCACUAGUGGCAGUACUGGCAGUGCAUGUGGGGACUGAUGGAGCCAUGGCAGUGGCAGCAACAGCUAUGGCGAUGGUAUUUGUGGUAUGGGGAACAUGUUGGCUGUUCCGCUGCAAAGGCAGUGUCUUUACCAAGUGUCGAACACUUGAAUUAGAUGUGGAACCGCAAUAUGCUGGUGCAAGGAUUGAGGGAGAUGUUGUGACAUUGGACUUUGUGAAGAAAAUGAUGGACGACUUCAAGAACCAAAAGUGCUUACACAAACGAUAUGCAUACCAGAUUGUGCUGCAAAUAAGAGAAAUGCUCAGAGCUUUGCCAUCUCUUGUUGAUAUUAAUGUUCCUAACGGGAAGCAUUUUACUGUAUGCGGUGAUGUUCAUGGUCAGUUUUAUGAUUUGAUAAAUAUAUUUGAGCUCAAUGGACUUCCAUCAGAAGAUAAUCCGUAUCUGUUCAAUGGAGACUUCGUAGAUAGGGGUUCCUUUUCUGUAGAGGUCAUACUCACCCUAUUUGCCUUCAAGUGCAUGUCUCCAUCAGCUAUAUACCUUUCUCGAGGGAACCAUGAAAGCAAGAGCAUGAACAAGAUAUAUGGUUUCGAGGGCGAGGUCAAGUCCAAACUGAGUGAUACUUUCGUGGAACUAUUUGCGGAAGUUUUUUGUUAUUUACCUUUGGCUCAUGUCAUAAAUGGGAAAGUUUUUGUGGUCCAUGGAGGACUUUUCAGCGUUGAUGGUGUGAAACUCUCUGAUAUCAAAGCAAUUGAUCGGUUUUGUGAGCCUCCUGAGGAAGGGUUAAUGUGUGAAUUGCUCUGGAGUGACCCGCAGCCGCAGCUUGGGCGGGGACCAAGCAAGCGUGGUGUUGGUCUUUCUUUUGGUGCAGAUGUAACGAAAAGAUUUUUGCAGGACAACAACCUAGAUUUAGUGGUGCGGUCACAUGAAGUUAAAGAUGAAGGUUAUGAGAUUGAGCAUGAUGGUAAACUUAUUACUGUGUUUUCUGCUCCAAACUACUGUGAUCAGAUGGGAAACAAGGGUGCAUUUAUUCGUUUUGAAGCCCCAGAUCUGAAACCAAACAUAGUCACAUUUUCAGCAGUGCCACACCCUGAUGUGAAGCCAAUGGCAUAUGCAAACAACUUCCUACGGUUAUUCUCAUAAUCCCAUACUCAUAAAUUUGUGACGGAAGAAACUCCUCUUGCCACACAAGUGCAAAAUGGUGGUAGAAGGCUGAAGAAUCCUUGACAUUAAGGAAAUCAGCACAUGUAUAUGACACCCAUGACUCAUUUCUGACCUGCCGGCGUGUGACCUGGAAAAUUCAGGCUAAGCUGUCAAAAAAGUGGCUAAGUAGGUUCCAUGUAGAAUGGUCGCUACUUCAUCUGUAAUUUAUAAUUACUUGUGUAACGUUAUUGAGAUUUUGAUUUGCUCUGGAUACAUCGUCUGGUGUCAACGGUCAAUUCAUUGCCUCGACAAUGAGGUGAGUUCUUUGUAGCAGAUCUUGGGGCACUGGUUUUGGAAAUAUGUUUGAUCGUUUCGUGAGACAAA